UUCGGCUUCUGGCUGCUGGAAUGCAGUGUACGCGAGUGUUAGCGCGUCUGUCUCCAGAAGGAGUUCAUCUAACACCCACAUGACAAGAGCUGACACAUCCCCUCACUUAGACCACCGCUAGCAAAACAGUGUCCUACAAACACACCCGGCACUGAGCUCUGGCCUCACUACAACUGCCAUCAUGCCUUAUAAUGCAGACUGAUUUGUCUGUCUCACAGUAGAAGUGGAUAUUUGACUGCAAGUUUAUAACAUUAUUAAUGAUAUGUAUACAUAAGGAACAAGAGGGAGAGAAGGACUUUAUGGAAGCACUGAAAUAUUCAGAUUUCACCAUGAGUGAGGAGGCUGAAGUGUGGGUGUAGCUGUUCAGUGGAGCAAGAUAUCACAAGCACAGUGUCUACACUCCUGCAAAAUAGACGAUGGGUGAAGCCGAAGAUGAGAAGAUCCAGUCAGGACGGCUAUUUGAGAACUUUGUUCAGGCCACUGACUGUAAAAGCACCCUGCAGGCCUUCAAUAUUAUGUGCAGUUACCUGGAGCUUGACCCUCUGGAGCACAGCACCUUCUACAGCGGCCUGAAGAGCAUGGUGACCUGCUGGAAAGCCAAAGCCCUUUGGAGCAAGCUGGACAAGAGAGCCAGCAACAAAGAGUACAAGAAAGGCAAAGCCUGCGAGGGCAUUAAGUGCUUGAUUAUUGGAGGGGGCCCCUGCGGCUUGCGGACUGCCAUCGAGUUAGCUUUCCUCGGAGCCAAAGUGGUGGUAAUAGAGAAGAGAGAUACAUUCUCAAGGAACAACGUCCUACAUCUCUGGCCCUACACCAUUCAUGACCUCAGGGCCUUAGGAGCCAAGAAGUUUUAUGGAAAGUUCUGUGCUGGAGCAAUAGACCACAUCAGCAUUCGGCAGCUCCAGCUCAUGCUCCUGAAGAUCGCUCUGCUUCUGGGUGUGGAGUUUCACGUAAAUGUGGAGUUCGUGAAGCUGGUGGAGCCUCCAGAGGACCAGGAGAAUGAGGGGCCGGGUUGGAGGGCAGAGAUCCGGCCUGCGGACCACCCUGUGGCUGACUUCGACUUUGAUGUGGUGGUGGGAGCUGAUGGGAGACGAAACUCUUUAGAAGGGUUCAGGAGGAAGGAAUUUCGUGGCAAACUGGCCAUCGCCAUAACAGCAAACUUUAUCAACAGAAACACCACCGCUGAGGCAAAGGUCGAGGAGAUAAGCGGAGUUGCCUUCAUCUUCAACCAGAAAUUCUUUCAGGAUCUCAGACAGGAAACUGGAAUUGAUCUAGAGAACAUUGUCUACUACAAAGACAACACACAUUACUUUGUCAUGACAGCUAAGAAGCAGAGCCUGCUGGACAAAGGUGUCAUCAUUCAUGAUUAUAUCGACACUGAGGCACUGCUGAACAGUGAAAACGUGAAUCAAGAGGCUUUGCUGGCAUACGCACGAGAGGCAGCCGACUACGCCACCCACUACCAGCUGCCCACGCUGGACUACGCCAUGAACCACUGCGGUCAGCCUGAUGUGGCCAUGUUCGAUUUCACGUGCAUGUACGCCUCAGAAAGUGCCGCUCUUGUCCGGGAGAGGUUUGGUCACAGUGUGCUGGUGGCACUAGUGGGGGACAGUCUUCUAGAGCCCUUCUGGCCUAUGGGGACCGGCUGUGCCCGCGGCUUCCUGGCAGCCUUUGACACGGCUUGGAUGGCAAAAAGCUGGGCGCAGGGUAGAAAUCCACUCGAGGUGCUGGCAGAGAGGGAGAGUCUGUACCGCUUGUUACCUCAAACAACACCUGAAAACAUCGCCAAAAACUUUGAUUUGUACACCAUAGAUCCGGGAACACGCUAUCCCAACCUUAAUUCAAACUGUGUCAGGCCACACCAGGUCCGCAGCAACUAUAUCUGUGGAGAGAUGAAGCCGUGCUCUCUGGAACGGGCCGCCACCAUACGCCGCCCUGUCAACUUGGCCAGGCGAGAGUCUGAGAUCAGGCCGAGUCGGUUACUGACGUGGUGUCAGAAGCAGACAGAGGGCUGCAGGGGUGUGAAUGUGACUGACCUCACUUCCUGCUGGAGCAGUGGCCUGGCUCUCUGUGCUCUCAUACAUCGUUUCAGACCACAGCUCAUUGAUUAUGACUCUCUCAAUGAGCAAGACUGUGCCAAAAACCUUCAGCUGGCAUUUGAUGUGGCGGAGAAGGAGUUUGGCAUUAAGCCUUUCAUCACAGGGAAGGAGCUGGCGGCAGGUCAGGAGCCGGACAAGACCAGCAUGGGCAACUACCUCUCCAAGUUCUACGAGCUCUUCCGGGGAACGCCUCUACCUCCCUCAGAUUCAAAGCGAGAUGGUGAUGCAAAUAAUGAAAAAUGUCCAUCAGGUUCUUCCAGACCUGUUUACAAGUCAUUGAGUUUGCUUCAGCCUCGUAAACGCAUACCCAAGAAUGACAAAAAGACUGAAGAUAAUGAUGCCAUAUACAAGAGAAGACGGAAAAUUAGUUACUUAGAAGAGCCAAUCAAAUCCAUCAAUCAGAGUUCUUCUGCAUUCAAUGAGGGGCGGGAAUUGAAAGAAAACAAGGUCAAGUUUAUGGCCACUCAGCUUCUAGCAAAAUUUGAAGACAGCACAGCAAGCUGCUCUAUUCGCAGACAGGCUGACUCUAAUGAUGAGAGGCCUCCAAGACCUCCAUCGCUCGAUAUGACCGAUAGCCCUCUCUUUAACAUUAUCAAGAAGAAAGUCCCACCACCCCCACCCCCUAAAAAACAGUUUCCAUCCAUUGCCUGUGUACAACACUCUGAGGAGCCCUCGGCUCUUCUCUUCCCCUCGCUUCAUUCCAGUCCUCUGAAUCCACGGAGGAAACCACUUCAGCCGACUUACACCCACACUCACACACAAUCAGAGGCUGAGAACACAGCUGACUCAGACUCAGGAAAUACAGCCACCUGCCACUCAGCAGUGAUGGCCAUGAGAGCAAUGCUCCAGCGCCUCCAGAGGGUGGAAGAGGAGAUAAGCCAGAGGAAAGCCCAGACUCAAAAGGCCAGGGAGUUUCAUAAAAAAAGCAUAAAGGAGAAGGCUGUGCAUUUGAGCGCUAUGUUCUCUGGCGAGGCCUGCUCUCCACAUCAGACGGAUAUACCUCAGACUGGGCUGCAAGACAUGCAGCUUUGUGAAGAGAAGAGAGAAUCAGUGAAAAGCUCAAAGCCUCACUCUUCAUCUCUCCAUUUCCCUCAUUCCAUCCCAUUGACCACCCCUUCAUGCCCUCUCCCACAAUGCACUGCUGCUUCCUGUCCUCCUCCACUCAUUUCAUCCUGUCCCUCUCUGCUGUUGCAGCAGGUGUCUAAAACCAAACCAUUACAUGCAAAGCACUUUAUAAAGGAGAUACAAGGAGAAACAGUGAGUUCUUCCCAUCUGUUAAGCAGUCACAGAACAUCUCAUUUUAGGCAUCAGAGCGAAACCCAGAUCCCCCAGUCAGACGAAAACAGAAACUUUAACGUACCUGAUAAGACCAGUUCUUCCACCAUCCAUCCUCAUCAAUCUAACUCCAUAACAUUUCACCCCAUCCCAGAAUGCACUGCUCCACUCCAUCUUUCCUUUACAUUCUGCUCUGCUUCCUCAUUACGCAGUAAAUUAAAGCCAGAAAUACUUCAUUGCAUAAACAUUCAAGAAGAAGCAAAGUGUAACUCAGAAAUGUGUGCCACCAGCAGUAGCACAACAUCCUUUACUGUAAGAAAACAAACAGAUGUUCCUCAGUCAAAUGGAGACUCAUAUGCUCCCAAACAGCGCACAGUAGGCAAAGUGUCUCUGAUAGCGGGUACAAGAGCUGACUCUCUGGUUACCCUCUAUGAAAAUGAUCAUAGGCCCCAGGCAAGCAGCUCUGACACUCCGCCUUCCUUAAAAAGAGAAUUUCCUCAGAGUCUGGGAGAUCUGUGUCAUGCGUGUAAGAAACGGGUGUUUGUAGUGGAGAGGCUCAGCGCGGAGGGAUUCCACUUCCACAGGGAGUGUUUCCGCUGUCAUACCUGCAGAGCUCCGCUGCGCCAGGGAGGCCAUUCCUUUGAUUCAGAGGAAGGAAAGUUGUACUGCAAACUCCACUUUGCUCAACGGAAACCCUUAGUCAAGAAUGGGAGGACACCAAUUCUACACACGACAUGUAAUGACGAAUCCCACGAUGGCUCCAGCUGGAGUCCAGAGGGACAUGAGCAUCGUCUCCAGGACGAGUCUCCAGGUAUCCUGUCCUCACUGAAGAGAAGCCUGCGCUGGCCACUGCACGUGUGUGCUGUGCCUCGCCGUGUGUUUAACUGGCUGCAUGGUAAAGCGUGGGCCACAGGAGUCCACAUGCAGGAUAAUGCCGAGGAUUACGCCUUCCUGUACGAACUGCUCAGUGUGAGUCUGCCUCUGCUCGCCGUUCUCCAUGAACAGCUCGUCCAAAUGUACGCAUAAGCUGAGCCGCUCAAUCUACAGCCUCUGCAGCACUGGCUGGAAGAGCACAUGGGCCACUGGGUCUUAAUGUGAGAGAAACAUCGCCAAGACCCUUUAAAAGGGUUAAUAUGAACAGAAUGAUCUGAAAUGUCCUACUUUUUCACAGAGUAGAAAUGAAAUGGCCUGGUUUGGAUUGCGCACAAAUUACCAAAGCCUUUCUCAAUUACAAAGGUUUGCGUAAAGAGAAAAAAGUGUCAAACACGGAGUGAACUUUAAGCACUUUAAUGAGUGAGCUGCCUUCAUAUGCACGAUUAAGAGUGCCGUUCUGCUUUUAGUUAUUAAUGAACGUUCUUUAUUGAGACUGCAAUUUUACAAAACCUGACCGAUCAAUCUGCAAACACGUCUCGUCAUGAACUUCUCACAUGUUUACGUAUCUUAUGAAAAACAUACAGCACGGCUGUUAAAAGGAAUGUUUUCCAGGUUCAACGCAUGCUAAUCUAUUGACAGCAUCUGUGAAAAUGUUGUCGACUAUCACCGAAAAUAACAGCAUCUUAUCCUUCAUACUGUUAAAACAAACAAGAAUUACAAUGGAAGUCUGUGGGACAAGGCAUUCCAGAGGGUUUCAAGUGGAAAUGUGCAUCUUAAAUUUCUAUCAAAGCGUCUGUAGUAAUUUAUCAAAACAAAAGUGUGUUAUCUGAGCUGCAACAUUUUUUAGUGGUGUGACACACUAGUUGCUAGUCUAUAUUAACACAAUGUGCUGUCUUGUGGCUGGACUUUCAAAACAGUGUGAGCAUUUUGUAUUUUAACAUUUAAUCCUUGUCUUGUCCUGUAUACUUCCAUUGAAAGUGCAUUACGUGUGAUUUUAGCUGUUUUUUCCAGUUAUUUCCUGUGUGAACAGAUGCUGUCCAUUGAGUUCAUCUUAAAGUUUAACUUUAAGCUAUAAAGACUAUGUUCUUACAUGUGUGUGAACAUUUGAAGCCAAUAGGUGAUGACAAUGACAGAAAACAUUUUUUUUUAAAUCCUUUUAACAAAUUGAUGUACUAUGAACAAUAACCUUUUAUUUUAUUUCAUUAUUUUUGUUUUUAAAUUCGGGGUCGUAUGAUCAUUUGGCUAUCAUUUAUCACUCAUAUCAACAUAUAACAUAUAAGUUUAUGUUAGAACGAUUCAGAUAACAUAAAAGUCACAUUUGCUGGCUAAUAUGAAUAUAGAUAUGUCAUGCAUCCCUCUUUAACAAAAGACCAAAUAUGUAAGCAUUAUACUUUGUUGUAGAGUUCUCAUGAACAGUUCCAAAUGCACAUUCAUUUAAUCUGUUUACUCGUGGUCUCAAUCAUACAUCAGUUUUGUGUCACAUUACACACACUAAAAGACUUUCACACUUACAAAUCGCAACAGAAACACUACUUUGGCAGUCUUGUAAACGUCCUCUCAUUUGAUUCACUGGACUAUUACUGCGGCUUCUUUUGAUAUCAUUUGCUACCUAUGAUGUGCUGUCUGAGGGCAGGGUAAUACUGUACUUAGAUUUUACAGUAGCGCAUUUAAGUGCAAUUAAAGUGCACAUUUUUGUCCAGUCAGAACUUACUGAGAAGUAUUAAUAAUAUGAAACAUACUUUUUGUUGACACUGGAAGGCGAUUGUUGGUUUGUGUUGUGCUAAUUAGUAUGAAUGGUGAUUGCAGAUAGAUCAUCAAAUGACAUGCAUGAAAAUAAAGCACGGAUAAUUAAAUCUGUUAAAUCCUUUUUUGUGCAUUAGCAGCUAGUUUCGAAACACUGUUUACAAGCUGCCUUUGAUUCACUUCUCAUGUAUGUUUCUCCUUUUUUAUUCACUUGUAGUCCUUUUCGACCUCUCCACUGCGUCUGCUCCUGACUUGCUGUGAGCAACGCUGAUCCAAAGGUGAUCGUGUGCAAGGUCACUCAUUGCAUUUGGUUCUUGCAUCGCGUCUUUGACCUGUUUCACAGCUGUGGAAACGCAAGCUGCAUGACACUAACCACCUGCCUCUGAUUCUUUAUCUGCACGUCACGUCUGACAUGUUUCUCUUCUCUGUCUUUCUUCAAGGCUUGUUAAUUACUUGCUCAUGCAGCCUCUGUCUUUUCUUCAUUUCUUUCUGUUUCAGAGGUGGCUUACAUUUCAGAAACCUACACACAGGCGCCCAAGUGCCUCUAUGAAAGCAGAUCAUUAGGCCUUUAGUUAAAGUAGCACCUUUUAUCGGACAUGUUGUAAAACUGUUUGAAGUUUUUUGCUGUGUAUUUUCCAUUUGAAACAUUUGUUGUUGCCUUAUUUAUGUUAAGCCAUACUCUUGCAAUAAAAGAAAGAUCAAAGCCUU